AAGCGUGCUUCGGUUCUUCAAGAUCCUUUUCAAUCCUUAUCAUAUAUACGACUAUCGCUAUAUAUAUACAUACAUUCAAAAUCAUAAAUGACAUCGCGAACAAGUUUCACUACCGAAAUUUUCAUAUUUAAAUUAAAAAUAGUGUCUUCGAGGAAUGAUUAGACGCGCAUCCCUUAUCACCACAGCUGCUACCACGAUCCAUUCCAUUGAUCUAUCUCGAUCAAUUAUAUGAAAAUUAAAAUUUUUUUUUUGCUUUUUUAUAAAAGAAAAAGAUAACCCCUUUUUACAUAUAGGUUUUUCUUUCAUAUAUGGAUAGUUUUCAAUUUAUAUAGAAGAUUUUUCUCAUAUGUAUUUAUAAAGAUUUCUUCUGAAUUUAUAGAUUAAGACUUUAUAGAGAUUCUUCACUUUAGACAUUUUUUGGAUUUAUAAAAAAAAUAAGAGAGAAAGAGAGAGAGAGUGAGACUAACAAACCCAAAAGCUGACGGUAAAAAUCAGGGUCGUUGAAUGCGGAUGAAUGCUGAAGACUUUUAAAUGGUGCAGCAUCAAUGUGGAAUUAAUCGUAGUGCUUUAGUAACACAUAGAAAGUGUCCAAGAAAAUCAAGAAGGCCCUAAGAAGUCAAAAAACGAGCUUCUCCAAAAAAUAAGGAAACAUAGUGUUUUUUUUUUUUUUAAAUCUGGAUUAAAGUGAAUAGUGUGUUAAAAAAAGGAAAGUGGGUGACAAAAUCAAAGGAUGUUUAAAAAAAAAAAAAUAGGAUUUGAUAAAGUGACAACUAAAAUCGCGAAUGUCAGUGAAAAUAAAAAGGGAGAAAUUGGUACAACGUGGUGUUAAACUCGGUCAAUUAAGAGUGGCGAAUGUCCAUUGGUAAUGGGGGGUUUAGGCGAGGAUGCCUUCUCCCCGUUAUUGUCAUCACCUCUUGCCAUCGCUAAUUUCAUUGUCACCAUACCGAGUGAAAAUCGUUUACUCCAUCAGGGGUCAAUCAGUAUCAAGAUCAAAAUUGAAGAAAGGGAAAAAUACCAUCGUGAAAGUGAAGAGAAUAACAAUAAAUACGAAAAUUUAUCAACAAAUCCAAUUAGAAUUUCUAAGAAGGAAACCGAAGAAACAAAAAUCGGUAGUGGUGGCGGCGGUAGAAAGAAGAGGUGACUCACCGCCGAAAUGCACCAGGUGUCGAAUCAACCUGGUCUUACUUUCCAAGUUGCAAAUCGAAAGGAUAUUUCGAUUAAAAGCAGCAGCAGCAAUAAUAAUAAUAAUACAAAUUCUAGGCUUUCCAGUAAAAUUAUCAUUAGGUCGAAUCUGGUGUUGAUAUCCUUAAUUCUUUGGGGUUUAGCACUUCCGGUAACAUUAGCGAGGCAAAAUCAUCAUCAGACGUGUCCAGGUUGUCCGCAUCAGCAGCACGGUCACAAUUUACAUAGGAGUGCCAAGGAAUCUGGACCAAGUCCGGAUGACCUUAGGUUGGAGGCUAUUAAGCAUCAGAUAUUAAUAAAAUUGGGUUUAAGAAAUAGGCCCGAUGUUAAUAAAACAUUGGUUAAUGUACCAAAAGAACUGGCGCUUAAGACACUUUACAGGGCUGAAGCCCAGCCUCAAAGGCGUGCGGGGAGACGAAAUAAUAAUAAUAACAAUAAUAAUAAUAAUAAUAACAACAAUAAUAAUUAUGAGGAAGGAAAAAAUGAGGGAUACAGCGAAUUUCUUUACAGUGGUGAUGAGUAUUCCUAUAGAAAUCUUGAUCAAACGAUGGAGGAUAUCACCACGGAUGAUGCUGCGCCAACCACCACACCCUUUCAGGGUUACGACUAUCCUGACGGUGAAGACGAGGAACCUCAGGAGGAAAUGGACGACUUCUACGCCAGGACGUCGGAGAUUAUCACUUUUGCUGAACCCGGGCGUACGUUAAAUGGUCAGCCACUUCUGGAAUUUUCAAUAUCCAGUGGGGAUCAAGCUUUAGGGCUAUUAAAAAUUAAAAGAGCGACCUUAUGGGCCAGGGUCGAAUUAAAACAUAAUCAUCACUAUCAGCAUCACAAACACAGUCAGAGUAACCAAAGAAAUAUCACUCUCUGGGUGUUCAGGGUACGCUGUGGUAACAUGACGCAUUUGCGUGGAAAGGAGCUUGGUCAACACUUAGAAUUGGUGACAUCUUUAGGAGUGAACGUUGUUCAAUUAGGGUGGCAAAAAUUCGAAGUGACGAAAGUCGUCAGUAAUUGGUAUCAGGGGAGCGGAUAUUCGCUAAAGGAUAAACUAACGCUCCUAGUAGAUUGCACGGGCUGCGGAUCGCACGUGCACAUUUCCACAUUCGGCGGUCAUUCACCUCACGUCGUCGAAUCGACCUUGAAUACCAAAGGUGCUCAAGAUCCGGACAGACCAUUUUUAGUCGUUCGAACGGAUCCAGCGGCUGUGAAGCGUGUUAGAAGACGAGCUGUCGAGUGCAACGGCGCCGUUAGGGGUCAAUGUUGCAAGCAGAGGUUCUACGUUAGCUUUUCGCAACUCGGAUGGGACGAUUGGAUAAUCGCCCCUCAAGGAUAUUAUGCAAACUAUUGCAGAGGAGAUUGCGCAUCUGGUCACAGGACGCCGGACACAUUUCUCAAUUAUUAUACGCAUGUUAUUGAGGAAUACAGAAAAAUGGAUCGGUUGGCAGGCAUGCAGCCAUGUUGUGCGCCUCUCAAGUUUUCUCCAAUGUCCCUCAUCUACUAUGGACCCGAUUCUAACAUAAUAAAAAGGGAUUUGCCAAAAAUGGUCGUCGACGAGUGCGGCUGUCCUUAAAGAGAGAGAGACUUCAGUCCAGAGAGGCUCAAAGUGCUUCAUUGUCAAAAAAAAAAAAAAAAAAAAAGAUAAUGAUCCCUAGCGAUCAAAAAACAAAACAUAAGUAAACAAAAAAAAAGGUCCAAACGCGAAGUUUACACUUCAGAUGAUUCAAAAAAAAGGGUGGCUCCCCCAAAAAAAAACACGCUCCCUGUAGAAUCAAUGGUCCUUUACCAAAAAAAAAAAAAAAAAAGAAACGGCUGAAGAGAAAGUUCCAUUACACCUUCAAGUGGGGAAAUAAGGUGAAAGGGUUUUUUUUUAAUUUUUGAAAAGAGUAAUGAAAAUGAUAGAAAAAAAAAAGAAUGAAAAUCGGUAGAAAAAAUAGAUAUGAAUGGAAAGAGUAAAAGAAAGAAAGGAGGUCUAAAUGACCGGGAUUAGGUGCUGGGUGCAAAAAAAAGAAACAGGAAAGCUUAAAUGGAGUAAGAUCCAAAUUAAUUUUUGGUCCCUUGGCUUCCCUUGUAAAUACUUUCCUCUGUAUCGCGCAUACGAAAUGAGAGUGAUUUUGGGAGGUUCGGAACUGCCAGGGACCAGGCACUCUGGCAUAUAUAUAUAUAUAUAAAUAUAUAUAUAUGAAAUCCCCAUUUCGCGCGAGCGAAUCGCUAGAGUUUAGGAUAUUCUAGGUAAGUGGGCGAUUCGUUCGUGAGUGUAGGACAAUUUUUGUCCCGAGAGGAUGUAGCUAGAAUAAUGAAUUUGAACGCGAAGAUAAACGAGAGAGAGAGAGACAGAACCGAAUGGUAAUCACAAAUUUAAAGAAUAGGGUAAUUGCAAUAGUUAUUUUUUGGUAAUUAUAUUUUGACUUUUUUUCCAAAAAAAUUAAGGGAAAAAAAUUUCUUUUACAUUUAAAUUAAUGUGCAUUUAAUUAAAUCGAAAAGCUUCUUUUAAGUAUAUACUUAUAUAUAUAUAUAUAUAAAAAAAAUCAUUAAAAAAAAUAAAUGAAAUGUUGAUAAAUUUUAAAUUAGACAAAAAUUUAUAUAUUUUAUUUAUCAAGACUGAUUAUAUUAAUUUUUAAAAAUAAAUAAAUUCAAAAUUUAUUUUUUGUUGCUUGUU